AUGGAGAAAAAUGCAAACCCGCAUCGAGACACCGGCGGGAGCUCUUUGUGUGCCCCGAUUGCGGGAGAGAUGGGCGAUGUUACGACUGUCGGCGUAGUGAAGGGAACGUCCGAGAAAUGCAAGAAUAGUGACGCUCCUCUCUGCACUUUGGUCAACGUUAGUUGCAAUAACAGCACCGCUGAUGUCAGCGCUCCCAGCCACGUUAAUGUCACGUCCAGUGCUGCGAAGUCUGGCGUUUCCGAAGCGCUCCCGCUCCCGGAGGGUAAGAGGAACGACUCGGAGACGCGCGGCUCGGGGUUCGGGGAUGAGAUCAGUAACGGGAUGGGGCACGACUCGAUGCUGCCUGCAGAAGAUAGCGAGGGUGGUGCCUCGGAGUUAGUAAACACCGAAGCGGACAGCCCGUGCACGCGUCUUGCCGAGGAAGGCGCGCGUGCACGGGACGAUGUUCUGGCCCGUGGAGAAAGUGAACCGACGCAACUUGCCGAACCGACCCAGCCGUGUCCGGACCGAGCGAUCGGCGCGGGCGUCAAACCUGGGCUGUCCGGCGAUCGCACCUCAUCGGAGGGACUGCCGAGCGGGAGCGACCCCGACCCUAGCCUCGGCGGGGAGUCCAGGAGCAUAGACUCGCUCGAGUCCUUCUCCAACCUCAACUCUUGCCCCAGCUCCGACCUGAACAGCGAGGGGCCGGAGGACCGAGGACUGGCUCUGGCCCUGCAGGGCGAGCACCCGGCUGACGGGACAAAGAGCGCGAGCGCAAAGGACCGAGCCGCCGGCCAGCCCAUGUACCACAUCAAGUGGAUCAAGUGGAGGGAGGAGAGCACUGCGAUCAUCACCCAAAACGAGAACGGCCCCUGUCCACUACUGGCAAUCAUGAAUGUGCUUCUGCUUGCGUGGAAGGUUAAGAUGCCGCCUAUGAUGGAAAUUAUAACUGUUGAGCAACUGAUGGAGUAUCUUGGUGACUACAUUCUUGAAACCAAGCCUAAAGAAAUAACAGAGGCUCAGCGGCUAAACUAUGAGCAGAACAUGAGUGAUGCCAUGGCAGUGUUGCACAAGCUGCAGACAGGUCUGGAUGUGAACGUGAAGUUCACAGGGGUGCGAGUCUUCGAGUACACCCCAGAAUGCAUUGUGUUUGACCUGCUCGACAUCCCUCUCUACCACGGCUGGCUGGUUGACCCGCAGAUGGAUGACACUGUCAAGGCAGUGGGCAACUGCAGCUACAACCAGCUGGUGGAGAAGAUAAUAUCAUGCAAACAGUCAGACAACAGCGAGCUGGCAGGGGAAGGCAUCGUGGCGGAGCAGUUUCUGAACAGCACGGCCACUCAGCUCACGUACCACGGCUUGUGUGAGCUCACGUCCACCGUGCAGGAGGGAGAGCUCUGUGUCUUCUUCAGGAAUAACCACUUCAGCACCAUGAUCAAAUACAAGGGCCAGCUGUACCUCCUAGUUACAGACCAAGGUUUCCUUACGGAGGAGAAGGUCGUCUGGGAAAGUCUGCACAAUGUCGACGGAGACGGCAACUUCUGUGACUCUGAGUUCCGGUUGCGGCCUCCUUCCGAUCCAGAGACUGUUUACCGCGGCCAGCAGGAUCAGAUAGACCAGGACUACCUGAUGGCGCUGUCGCUGCAGCAGGAGCAGCAAAGUCAGGACCUGCAGUGGGAGCAGCUUCCCGAGGGCAUCAGCGACCUCGAGCUGGCAAAAAAACUUCAGGAGGAGGAGGACAGACGAGCCUCCCAGUACUACCAGGAGCAAGAGCAGGAGCAAGCGGCGGCGGCGGCGGCUGCAGCAGCACAGCAGGGCCAGCAGGGGCCGGCCGAGGGAGUCGAGCCGGACAGAGGAGGCGCAGGAGCAGGCGGAGCACCGGCCAGCGCUGGGACGGCGGCAGCAGCUGCCGGAGCCGCACCCAGCCCGGGAAAACAGUCCUCGGGCGGGGAGCGCAAAGCCAAGAAAGAAUCCAAGGAUAAAGACAAAUGUGUUAUUUUGUAACAUAUACUGUGUACCUGUGCGUUUUGUGCAUUUGCUUAUCUGUGAGAAAGGGGAUAGCAUUUUUUUCUCCACGGACUGGACUCACAACACCCCCCCCCGCAAACAAGGUAAGGAGACAUUUGGAGGAGGCACGCAAAAAGACUACGGGAGGGUUUGCUGUUCCCAAGCCGCUGGUGCCUGCUAUCCGCUCUCCUCAGUGGAACCCGUACAUCCGAGGAAGGGACACUACCAUGACAACCACCGCUAUCUUUCAUAGUCCGCUACACUUUGUUACAAGUUGCACAGUGCACUCUUAUUUGUGAUGUGGGGGGUCAAAGAGAGAAAGUUCCCUCUCACCAUUUUUCUUUUUUUGUGUGUGUAUAUCAAUAUUUCCAAAACCUUUCUAGACAGAUGUGCAUUUUUUUAAGUUAUGCCAAUAUUCUCAUUUUAUUUAUGCGUGCAUGUAGUAGGUAGCUUCUCUGCGUCUUUAAGCUGAGAUAGUUUUACCUAUUAUUUUGCAUUAUACACUAUCUGUGGCCCCUACAAAACACUACCGGUACAUACGUGAAGGUGAAUUAAUGCCAGAUACUGUAGCUACGGAACAAUUCUCAUCGCUGCUGUCCUGUUCAGAUUUGCCUUACCAGAGUGUGGUGGUGUUGUGUUCUGGUCUGUUUGAAUGUGAAUGUGUGGUUGUUUUCGUGUGUGUGUGUGUGUGUGUGUGUUGUGUAGUGUACAGGUGGGGUAUAAAUCGAUGUGUUAUAUACGUGUCUCAUUUACUGAGCAACGGCGAUGUAAGUCUCAAUUUGGAAAAGGACACAUUUUUUCUGCUGUGUCUGCUGUCUUUUAUGUUGAGGUUCUACUCCACAAAAGCUACGUUUUAGAAAACUGAGAAUACGGUAGAAGAGGUUUCUGUGUGGGACACAACCAUCUUUUAGCACAUUAGAUCUGGUAGUCCUGAAGGGCCUUUUCCGUCUCACUCUCUUCCUAAAGCUUCGUGAAAAGCUGCAGUGUGCUUCUAUGCGUGCGUGCACAAUCACGAUCUCCUCUGUUCUGGAUGUAGAAGUUCCACUACAGUCCGGGUUUGAAAAGAUAUACAGCAGUAUUCUGUAAUUGCAUGUAUUAUUCCUCAAAUCUGUGAAAGUUCAAUUAAUAUUUGGGAACAUUAACAGAUCCACAAUCCUGAAUCCAACCCCUCAAAUCUCUGACAGGGAGAUCCACAUAACUACUCCACUUGAUGAUGUAGGUCAUCUGACUGAUUUCAUGCUCCUGCUCUCAGCAGAUAUUUUCGCCCUCUUUAAUCUCAGUUCACUCUGUUAAGCCUCCUCCUCGAGCCUCUUGGAGUAGAAGUUCACAAAUGUCAAAUUCUGAUUUGUUAUUUGUUGGAAAUGAGGCCCAGUAAUAACAGUUCACACGUUGAACUGUCCCGGGCCGUAGGGUAUAUAUUCAGAAUUGUAUUACCUUCUGUGUACAUUUCACUGCAGUGUGCAAACACGUGAUGUAUAUAUUUGCCUGUUGCAUUCUUCUGAUGGAUUUAGCGAGUGGUUUGUGCCAUUAUUGUACCGUGGGACUGCAGACAAACUUUUCUAUCUACACAUUCCAAGUGGAUGCCUUGACUCAAAGCCUUCGGUUACAGAAUGAGUGGGACCGUUGUCCUAGGAGGUCUUUGCAGUGCUUGUUAAGCUGUCUGUACGAUGUUGUUUGGAGACAACAAGCCGUACAGGACGACAACAUGGAGGCAGCAGCCCCCCCCCCCCCCGCUGUGUGGGAACCCUCUCUCAAGGGUCUUCAUGUUUGUUUGUGGCCCGAACAAGUCUAUGUUUUGUACAUAUAAAAAGCCUUACAACAUUUCAACCUAUUUUAUAGAACAAAAGCAAAACCGGCGUGUUAGCAGACCAAGACAAUCCACGCAUCUUUCACCACCGGAUGUGCGCUCAGGCCUUUAGCGAAGGGACGUGUCCUCCAGUGUCUUUCAUGUAAUGGCAGUUCCUUUCUCAGCGUCUGCUUAUGUGUCAACACAACUACUCUGAAACCUUGAAGGAACUUAUGUUAUUUAAGACCCUCAUUGUUUAACUUAACACUUAAAAUAGGAAUCAAGCUGCUCCUCUAACGUGGACUACCUGGUAGGAAUAAAAACCUAGGACGGGGUCAAGAAAUAUUGUUAAUCAUGUAGACUUUUUAUUGAUUUUUUGUUUUGUUUUCAUGCAGCUUAAGUAAAUACCACACUUACUCAUGAGGUGAACGCAUGACGGCAGAGGGGAAGCUUUGGGCAGCAUUGUGCUAUUUUUUGUUUUUGUUUCACCUCAUUUAUAUGUUGGCCCGUUAAGUGAACAUGCUGAUUAAACAUUGCAGUGAACGUUUAAGAAAUCUAACUUCACUUCUGACUGUUUGAAGAUAAAACAUUUUAAGUUGG